AAACAGCUGUUUCCACGAGUAUGAGGACAUCUAACGGAACGCGCGCGCGAUGGAGCCCGCGACAGCAGGAGAGAAGAAUGGAAGUCGUGUGGGUCGAGGACCGAUCGUAUCUGCAGUAGUCGCAAUCGUUCAAAGAAUUGACUAAGGAAACAUGGCUGCAGGUUGUUGUGGAACGAAAAAGCAAAAGCUGAACAAUUCUUCAAGUGUUCCUUGUAAUGGUUCAGUGUUACAAAAUGGCACACAGUUAAGGAACAGUGUGAUAGUAAAGCCUGAGAUGGGCUUCUUUUGCUUCGAUGUUCUUUAUUGCCAAUUACAUCAACUCGACCCUCCAAAACCGCCCAAUUUUAGCAACGAAGCAUUCCCAUUAUUUGUAACAUGGACUAUUGGAAAAGAUAUGAGGUUAAGAGGUUGUAUUGGUACAUUUAAUGCGAUGCAGUUACAUGCUGGACUUAGAGAAUAUGCAACAACCAGUGCAUUCAAAGAUUCACGCUUUAAUCCUAUCACACGAGAUGAACUACCACGUUUACAUGUAAGUGUUUCAAUUUUGAGACACUUUGAAGAUGGUAUUGAUUAUUUAGACUGGGAAGUAGGUGUUCAUGGAAUUCGUAUAGAAUUUCAUAAUGAGAAGGGCAAUAAACGAACUGCAACCUAUCUACCUGAUGUUGCAACAGAGCAAGGUGGUUACAAAGGAUUAGUCACUCCAGAUAUUAGACGUAGUGUCAAGUUAACAAGAUAUCAAAGUGAGAAAGUUACUCUGGCUUGGGGUCCUAGUCAAGGACCCCAAUUGCCACAAAAUUCUGUUGCAGUUCAUUAUAAUGCUAAUACGUCUCAUACAUCUCAUCUACUAUACAACAGUACUCAAUAUAAUUCUUAUAUGGCCAGUCAGGAACAUGGAUUAGUAAUGACACAACGUAAUCAUCCUGCAUUUAUACAUCCUCUUCCAAUACCUCCUAUUUCUCCUGUCAUGUUACCUAUAUGGGAUUAUUCAUCAUUUUGGUGGGAUCAAACUAGUUCAUCUUAUCCUCCACCACAUUCACAUCUUCAUCCUCCUCCUCGUGUUCAUCGUUUUUCGUCACAAGAACCUGAUCGUGGAAUUCAAACCAUGGCAGCUGGUUGUUGUGGAACGAAAAAGCAAAAACUAAAUGAUUCCACUAGUGUUCCGCGUAACAAUACUGUAAGUUUACAAAAUAGUAUUCAUAUGCGGAAUUCUAUAAUAGUUCAACCUGAGAUGGGCUUUUAUUGUUUCGAUGUCCUUUACUGCCAACUGCACCAACUUGAUCCACCAAAACCACCCAACUUCAGUAAUGAAGCUUUCCCUUUAUUUGUAACAUGGACUAUUGGUAAAGAUAUGAGAUUAAGAGGUUGCAUUGGUACAUUUAAUGCAAUGCAUUUACAUGCUGGACUACGGGAAUAUGCUACUACUAGUGCUUUCAAGGACUCAAGGUUCAAUCCAAUAACAUUGGAAGAACUUCCACGUUUACAUGUAAGUGUUUCUAUACUUCGACAUUUUGAAGAUGGAGCAGAUUAUUUAGAUUGGAUAAUAGGGGUUCAUGGAAUUCGUAUAGAAUUUCAUAAUGAAAAGGGCAAUAAACGAACUGCUACAUAUUUGCCAGAUGUAGCAAUAGAACAAGGAUGGAACCAAAUCCAAACAAUAGACUCUUUACUACAUAAAGGAGGCUAUAAGGGGUUAGUUACUCCUGAUAUUAGACGUAGUGUCAAGUUAACUCGAUACCAGAGUGAAAAAGUGACUGUGAGUUAUCAAGAUUAUAUGACACGCUGGCAUGGUCAAAGAUGCUAGCAACUGCCCUGGGGUUCUAUUAAAGGGCCCCUCAUUUGUUAUAUUUCUAACAACAUUGAUAAUUUGAGUACAGAUACAUUUAAUUGUUGUUUGCAAUAUAUUAAUUAUCAAUGCAAUAAUAUAAUGGCCAGUCAAUAUGCAUUCAUUAUAAUAGAAUCUAACUACUUUUUUAUGACACAAUCAUGUUUAUUCUAUAAUUCAAUAUGUUUUAAUUUUAUCAUCUUAUCUAUACAAAGUUAUCUUUUAUUUUUAUAUACAAAAUUUGUUUGUUUAUCAGUGCAUCAUAAUCAUUAUUGGAGAUGUCUUCCUAUAAAAAAUCAUAGAUUAUGGAAUAUAAAAACAAACGUGGUAUUAAAGACUCAAUUUAAUCUUUUACUAUUUCCAAUGGUGCCUAUUAUAUGCUAUAUUUUAUACUUACUUAUUUUAUAAAAAAAAAAAAUAUUUAUUAACAAAAAUAAUAGGAUUUUGGAUAUGUAGUGGCCUUAUCUUUUCUGAAUUUAAUACUAUUUACAAAUAAGCUACUGAGUAUAAGAGAAUAUUUGUGGAAUUUAAGUUCAAUUGGCAAAUUUCUUCAGUUUUUUUUUAUAGCUAGUAUAAAUAUAUUAUUGUUUAGUUUA